AUGCCGGUAUUGCAACCAGUGCCGUCCGUCGUGACGGCAGACAACGCCGCCAUGUCGGACCGUCCGCACCGGACCGAAUCCGGGACGGGUGCCCGCGGCCACGACGGCCACGACAGCAGCGACGACGCCGACAAUGACAAGUUUUACGAGGACGGCGAGGAAAUCUACAGCAAGUUCUCGCCGGGCCGCAAGCGCGCCAUUGUCGCCGUGCUCGGCUUCGGCGCCUUCGUGGCCCUCGUCUCCAGCACCAGCGUGCUGCCCGCCGUGCCGGAAAUCACAGAGACCUUUCACAGCACCGACACCAUCGUCGAGAUAAGCAACGCCAUCUACAUUGCCCUGACGGGCGUUGGGUGUGUCGUCUGGGGCCCCAUGAGCCAGCUAUACGGUCGUCGGCCGAUCAUUCAGUGCGCGUGUGCGUUUUUCUGCUGCAUGAGUCUGGGAACUGCCCUAGCGCCCAAUCUUCAAGCAUUCUUUGCUUUCCGGGCAUUGUCUGCGAUUGGUGGCUCUGCGUUGACCAUCCUCGGCAACGUCAUCAUCAGCGACAUAUAUAAACCAACCGAAAGGGCAACCGCCAUUAGCUGGUAUCUGUCGUGUACCGUCAUCGGGCCAUCGUUCGGCCCCUUCAUGAGCGGCCUCAUCGUCCAGUUUGCCAGCUGGCGCAUCAUAUACUGGGUGCAGCUCGGCUGUGCCAUUGCCACCAUGCUGGCCGGCUUUUUCUUCAUCCCCGAGACGACGCACCACAAGCUGAGCGCAGACAUGGCCCAUCUUCCCCAGCGCCAAAAGAUGAUUGCGGUGGCGCGCAAGAUCAACCCUCUCCGGUCCGUCAGUCUUCUCCGCCACUUGAACGUGGUGGCUGUCAGCUUCGCCUCUGCCGUCACCUUGUUUGCGCUCUACUGCAUGCUUGUUCCGAUCCGCUUCGUGCUGAAUCCACGCUUCGGUCUCGACUCACCUCUACUGUCUGGCGUCUUCUACUUGGUGCCUGGCGCAGGCUGCCUCUGCUCCACCAUGAUUGCAGGCAAGUACGGCGACUGGACGGUAAAGAGAUGGAUCAGAAAGCGCGGUAGACGUGUGCCUGAAGACAGACUUCGCGCGGCCAUCCCGGCCCUCGCCCUUCUCCAGGGCGGUGGUGUCUUGAUAUACGGGUGGACAGUGGAUAAAGCUGUGGGCGGGAUGCCUGUGCCGCUAAUUUUCCUCUUCGUUCAGGCUAUAGGGCAAAUCAUAGCCUCGACCAUGUUGAACACGUACUGUCUGGAGAACACGCCGUCACUCAGCGCGGACAUCAUUGCCAUCUGCUGGCUAGUGCGCUACAUUGGAGCCUGCAUUGCCACAGCAGUUGCGCUUCCCAUGAUUCGGAGCAUGGGUGUGGGUUGGAUGUUGACGAUAAACACCAUCUUAUUGGUUGUCAGCUCCGUUGUUCUCAUGGCCACUGUAAAAUGGGGUGAAGGUUGGAGAUCAGGAAUAGUCUCAGAAGAGCAAUCAGCCGCGCCAGAGCCGGCCAUAGACAGCAGAUCUGCUGAAAAAGUAUAG